CCGGACUAGAUCAGGGAUUGCCGAGUCACCGAGGCGAAUUGGUUUCUGUGACUCAAUUUGGAUCUUUUCUGGCCGCAACUUUACUUGCAAGUCUAGUGCUGGAUCGUUAGGUUUGAACUCUGCAACGCACUAUACACUAGGCUAGGCGCUUGUCCAUUUACGGAGCUAAUUGAAAAAAGUCACCAGAUACCAGUCACCGCCAGAUUUUGAAUGAUCCUGCCAGGGGGCAAGGCAUCACGACUGCGUUUACAGGGAGGGACCUGGAAACCACCAAUUGACCAUCACCGGCACAAUGAACAAUCAUCCACCAGAAACUACGGGACCAACCUCCCAAACAGCUGGGGAUCGGCGUCCCUCGGUGCAAUCCAUAGAAACGGACAUCAUCUCACCGGCCUCGCCCGCGUUACACGAUCUGGAAAAGGCCACAACCGGCCCGAAAAAGUCCAGCGAGCUGCACAAAUCCCUAUCAAACGUCUUGUCCAGGGCGGCGACGCACCUGACCACCCGCUCGCUCCCGGAACCCCCACCGCCGCCAGACGGCGGCCUCCGGGCCUGGUCGCAGGUGGCCUGCGCGUGGCUCGUCAUCUUUGUGACCUGGGGCCAGGUCAACGCCUUUGGUGCCUUUCAGACAUACUACACCGAGGCGCUGGCGCCGCUGUCGCCCUCGGUCGUGUCGUGGAUCGGCGCCGUGCAGGUCUGGCUGACCUUUUUCGUCGGGGCCUUCUCGGGCCGCCUGCUGGACGCGGGCUUCUUCCGCCCCACGGUGGUCGUGGGCGCGGUCGUGCAGCUGCUGGGCCUGUUUCUGAUCAGCGCCUCCACGCGCUUCUGGCAGCUGAUGCUCACGCAGGGCGUGCUGGUCGGGGUGGGCAGCGGCAUCGUCUUCACCCCGAGCAUGGGCCUCCUGUCGACGUACUUUGUCAAGCGCCGCGCCGUGGCCAUCGGCCUGGCCACGUCGGGGAACGCGGUCGGCGGGCUGGUGUACCCGCUCAUUGUGCGCCAGCUGCUGCCCGCUGUGGGCUUCGCUUGGACGGUCAGGGUGGUGGCUUUUGUGAAUCUGGUGUGUCUGGGCAUCGCGGUGGUGUUUAUGCGGCCGAGGUUGCCGCCGCGCAAGAGCGGGCCGUUGAUUGACUUUGAUGCGUUCCGGGAGCCGGUCUACGUCGGGAUCGUGACUGGGUUGUUUUUUGUCAUGUGGGGGACCUACUAUACUAUCUACUAUAUCGGAUCCUAUGGAACACAAGCUCUCGGCCUCCCCUACUCGACCGCCGCGAUAACCGUCAUCGUCGUCAACGCAGCGGGCCUACUUCCCCGCAUCAUCGUCCCCUUUGUGGCGGCCAGGUACGGCGCAAUAAACACGGCGGUCCCCACGACUGCCAUCUUUGCCAUCGUGGCCUUCACGUGGCUGGCUGUGCGGUCCGAGCCCGGAUACUAUGCGUUCGCGACGGUUUACGGCAUGUCCAACGGCGCCUUCCACUGCAUCAUGCCGACCGUCAUCGCCAGCAUCACCCCGCGGCUCGAUAUGGUCGGCACCAGGCUGGGGAUGGCUUUUAGUAUUAUCGGGUUCGCGGCGCUGACGGGCCCGCCGAUCGGAGGCGCGCUGCAGGGCGCCAUGGGUGGGAACUUUAUGGGUGCGAGCGUCUGGGCGGCCAUGUCGAUGGUCGUGUGCCUGGGGUUUAUUUCAUUUGCGAGAUGGAGACUGGCGGGGUUUGAUUUGGGGGCCAAGAUAUAGGUGCUGGAAGGGCUGUAGAUGUCUUUGGAUAUGAUUUGGGAUAUAGAUACGUCGCUUAUGUCAAAGUUGCAGGGACGCAGCCCAGGCCGUUUUGAGGUCACUAAGGUAAUUUAACAUCCAUUUAGUGCACCGUGUUUCUAAAUGAUUAGUCAAUGCGC